GUUGUUUUGUUAUGGCAAUAUUUACCCAUCUGAAUAGUUUCACGCAAUUACUAACAGCUUUUUGCCACUUAUUAAAGGAUAUAGUAACUGUAAAACUUCAGGUUUGCCCGCGUGCUCGUCGUACGAUUACAGAACAUUUCCUCACGGCAGAAAAGAAAGAAAACAUUCGCGGAUUCAUUUACUUCAAAUCUAACUGUCAAGGCUUGAGUGAAUAAAUAGGCAUAUAUCUGAGCCUUGGCAUUUCUUCAAGACUUCCUGCGCUAAAUAAGCAAAAUAGAUGUAUCUACAUUAGAAUCAUGGCGUUUAAGAAAAAGUGAAACGACAGGCUUGAUUUCAUCCUUAACAAUGCUUGAUGGUAUGAUGUCAGUAUGGUUUUGGUUUGGAUCACAUCGAUCUGGAUUUUGUCUGGGAACAGGUUUCUUGAUGACACUAAUGCUGCUGAUGUAUUCUGGGGGCAUCCAAGCAAGUCUAAGUCUGGGUCCAGGAGGAGACUUUCCAAGCAUCAGAGAUUUGUUCCUGUAUGCUUUCAGCCAUGAUGAGCUCUCCUCUCUUCUGCUCAGUGUUGUUUUCCUGCUGUUGGUCGGACCCUGCCAGGAGCGUCGUUGGGGAACUGUGGCCUUCCUCUCCCUCUCCGUCCUGACAGUGGUCAUCUUACCUUUUCUUUACACCCUAGUCCUCUGUAUCGGCGGGGGCGAGGCAAGUCGCAUCUGUGGUUACUCUGCCAUCCAGCUGGCUCUGUUCACAGCACAGUGUCGUCAGGUGACACCGAGAAGGCUGCUGAGGUGUUUACCUGUCUGGCUUCUCCCGUGGCUCUUCUUGCUGAUUGGUCUGCUGCUGCUGCCUGGGACCCCUGCUCUGCUUCACUUCUGCACUAUAUGCAUUGGGCACAACUAUCAUCAGUCUUUCAUUGGGACGUUACAGGAGUUUGAGGAGUCCAGGUUCUUGGGUCUAAUCCCUGAUUGGGCAUAUGUUUCUACAUCAUCCAGACUGAGAUUGCCAACUUAUUCUACCUCACAGAGAUCCCUACCUCAGAUGAUGCCUGUUGAUCAUGCAGCUGCUCCACCCAUGAGGGAUCCCUUGUUUAUUAACCACCACCCACAUGAGUAUGCAGUGCCUCCCUGGUUAUCAACAGAGUCUGCCGCUCAGUCUGAGGCCGAAGUGUUGGAGGAGCAGAUGUUGAGGGCAGGAAUUCUCGCCUCAUUACAGGACACUCCUGACAACCCUGAUGCCAAAGUGGAGCUUCAUAAAUCAUCAGUUUCCUCUCUGCGACUCCAGCAGCUGGAGAAGAUGGGCUUCCCCACUGAGAAAGCUAUCGUUGCAUUAGCAGCCUCCAAACAGCUAGAUGGCGCCAUUUCUCUGCUUAUCGAUGACAGCGUUGGAGAACAAGCUGUGGUAGUAUCAAAAGGAAAGAGCCCUGCGUCCUCACAGGGUGCAUCAUCGAUCUCACAUUCUUGAACUGAACAAUGUUUGCUCUUAUGCAGUAAACUGGACAUGCUUAAUGCUUGGGUUUUUUCUGAGCUUCACUUUUUGAUUUCCCCUGUGGGCGUCUUGGACAGAUAUUUAAAUCAUCCAUAUUCCUGUGGAAGAACACCCCGCCUCAUUCACCACCUGUUCUUAGGAAGAAAAUUCUUCGUUAACACUCACUUAACUUUCCUGAGCUGACAUGUUUUUGUUUGUUGUUGGAAUUUUUUGUGUUUUUUCCUUCAUUUGAAGAGGACAAGACUGUGGAUAGUGUAGGAAGUCAGGAAAAGAGUGCAGGAAUGACAUGCAAGAAAGAGGCCACUGGUCAGAUUCUGACCUGUGCUACCUGCUCAAAAGACUAGCUUAGCUUACUGCUUCGCCAUCUGCAUUAUAUCUUAAAGAGUGUCUAUGAAUACACAGGCAACUUUAUACACAGUUGACCGUGCAGGUGCCAGGGCAAAAGGAUUUAUCAAUGUGUUUGCUAAAUUUGGCCCCUUUUUACCAUUAAAUGACAUGAUUUCAUUUUUUCAGUCUUUCAGUUCUAAAUUUCUUGGACAUUUCCCAUUCCAAAAUCCACAGAAAUUUGCUAGAUUUCUGAGAAAUUACUAAAAAUGUCUGUGAAAACUCUUGACCACAUUUUUUAAGUACACAAUAAAAAGUAUUCCAGAAUGUCUUCAUUUUUUCAUCAAAUAUUUUAGUAAAACCCUUUCAUUAAGCUUAAAAAUCCCAAUAAAAUUUUCCCUGAAAUUACAUUCAAAUUCCUGAAAAUUUUCAAUUAAAUUUUCCUUAAAUUUUCUGGUCAAAUUCCCAAAAAAUGUAUAUACAUUACCAAUAAUUCUAUGAAGAUCCCCCAAACUACCAAACAAAUUUCCUAAGAUUGUAUGAAAAUUCUUUAAGAAAUUCAAAGGAUGCCCCCACCCAGUUCCCAGUUAAAGUUCCCCAAAAUUUACAAAUACAUUUCAAAAAUUUCCAUGAAAAAUACCCCCAAAAAUAUUAGAGCACUCCCUCCACACACAUGCAAACAAAUUUAAAUCAAUUCCCCCAAAUGACAAUUUCCUUAAUUUAGCUGGCAGUGCCUUAAAAUUUCCAAAUGAAUUCUCCAAAACAUCAAAAUAAGUGUCCAAUAUUUUUAUGAAAAUGGAAACAAAUAAAAUCAGAUGAAACUCUCUUAAUAAUUAAACUUUUCCCCCAAAAUUUCUAUGAAAAUACUUGAAAAUUUCCAAGCAAAUUCCCCGAAAUAUCCAAACGUAUUUACUAAAAUGUCGAAUGAAAAAUCUGGAAAAUUGCUGUGCAAGUUCUUGCAACAUUUUAAGCAAAUUGUUUCACUGUUAUGGACAAUUAUCUGAAAAAUUCUAAUAGCAAAAAUGAUUGCUAUGUUGUAGAAAAGUCAAAAUGUCCUCAUAUGUACAUGCAGGCAUUUGGGAGGUUAAAGUUGACCUGACAGAACAAAACCUUUGUCAGGGAGAAUGGCGUUGCUGGCUUUGCCAACUGGCGUUGCUGGCCAGUUAGCCUCUCUCAGCACUGUUUUAUACAAUGGCUGAGGCUGAGAGACAGAAGAGAACAGUGACAAAUAGAAUUAAGGGGAGAAAAAAGAGAGCGUCAUUGAGGAAGAAGCCGGACUAGAGUAAAUACUGGACAGGCCUGUACACAUUUACUAAAGCAUCGAGUAAUAUUGGUCCGUAUGUCCAAUGUCAAAGUGGCUAUGUUGCUGUUGGAAGGUUGAGCAAAUUGCACAUAAUCCACAUGCAAACAAUAAACUGUAGAUGUUAGCAGAGUCACAUUAGCUGAGAAUCCACUAACAUAGCUGUAACUCAUCAGUGGACAUCCAGCUUUUAACAUCCUUUCUGUCAAUCACCUUUUCCACUCCCUUGUAAAGCACUUUGAACUGCUGUUGAAUUUGUCUGAAAGGUGCUAUAUAAAUAAAGUUUGAUUGAUUGA